AUGGAACUUUCCCUAACACACAGUUUUAAUAUCCAAAAACUAGUUUCAAUCGGCGAAGAUUCAACAUCAAAACUUAAGCAAACAUACAGGCUGUCCCAACGAAAAUGUAACGUAGUUAUAUGAGCAAACUGGAAAAAAUAUCAAAAAUCUGUUUUCGUGACAAUCUCGGCAUGUUACUAAUAGUUCAUAUUUUGAAAUUAUUUUAAUAUAUACAGGAUGUUUCGUAGCUUCGUGCCAUACCAAAUAUUUUUUUUAAAUAGAACACCCUAUAAUUUAUUGCAUAUUUGAAUAAGGCUUCUAAAAAUAAGAAGUUUGAUAUGAUAUAUGGUUCCAAUUGUCGAUUGCUUAGAUCUGAAAAAAUCUGAAAAAAUGCUCAGCUUUGACGGCUAGCAGCUCCGCCAUUUUUGAAGAUAUUUAGAUAAAUCUUAGUUCACAAAAAUAUUAUUAUCAUCGAUUUUAAGCUGAUAUCAAAAAAGUGCUGAUUUUUUUUGAUUUAUACAGGAUAUCUCAAAAUGAAAAAUGUACCUUUUCUCGAAAAUUCCAGGUAUAACAUAUAUUUGUACAUCUUUAAAUAGUUUUCUUGGUGAACUUUUUUUACAUCUUUUUUCAAAACGUUUUUGAGUUAUAGCUAUUAAUUUGAAGAAAAACCAAAUACAUCUUGUAUUUAAACAUAAAAUCAAAUCUUCUAUCAAAACAGUAGCAUUCAUUAACACAAUAAAAAUAACCUCAGCACUGAGCAUACAAGGCCAGACAGGCCUGUUGAUAUUAUUUUCCACGACUAAAAGAGUUUGUCUAGCUUUCCACUUAAGCGACUCGCUUGUACGAUGUUUCAUGUCUUCGGGUGUUGUAGGUUUCUCCUGGUAAACCUCUCCAUACAUGGCCCCGGAGAAAGAAAUCGAGAGGCGUCAGAUCGGGAGAUCUCGCUGGCCAAUUGAUCAGUCCGCCUCUGCCUAUCCAACUAUCUAGUCUAGAUACUCCUGUACCGCUCGAUGGUAAUGUUGUACCACAAAUUUCUCCUAGUUGUUAGAUUUACAUUCUCUAGUACAGAUCGUUCCUUAAAAACACAUUGUACAUUUCACCUCAUUUGAAAUAAUAUGGAUUUAAGUCUACAAGACUUCCCAUGACUUCUAACAGAGAGACGGUUCUGUUUUUACAAUCUUGAACAACCAGAUGUUUCUGGGCCCGCAUAGUAGGAUAGUAUCUAUUUGCAACCACCAGUUUUAAUUACAUUAUUGAUCUCGAGAGGUGACCACAAUCACAUU